AUAAUGAGCGAUGCUGAGAUGGAAAUAUUUGGGGUGGCUGCCCCGUACCUCCGUAAAUCUGAGCGGGAGAGAAUCGCAGCUCAAAACAUGCCGUUUGACGCGAAAACAGCUGUGUUUGUGCCCGAUCCGAAGCAGGAGUAUGUGAAGGGAAAAAUAAAGAGCCAAGAUGGCACCAAGGUCACUGUGGAGAUGGAGGAUAGGAAGAUCAUCACAGUGCACCUGGAUGAUGUUCGCCCCAUGAACCCUCCAAAGUUUGAUAAGAUUGAGGACAUGGCUCUGCUGACUCAUCUCCAUGAACCAGCCGUGCUGUUUAACCUCAAAGAGCGCUACGCUGCCUGGAUGAUCUAUACGUAUUCUGGACUCUUCUGCGUCACUGUGAAUCCGUAUAAGUGGCUUCCCGUCUACAACCCAGAGGUCGUGGCCGGAUACCGAGGGAAGAAACGACAGGAAGCCCCUCCACACAUCUUCUCCAUCUCUGACAACGCCUACCAGUUCAUGCUCACAGAUCGAGAGAACCAGUCAAUCCUGAUCACCGGAGAAUCUGGUGCUGGGAAGACGGUCAACACAAAGAGAGUCAUCCAGUACUUUGCAACAAUUGCAUCAUUUGGAGACUCUAGCAAGAAAGAGCAACCAGCCGGCAAAAUGCAGGGGACUCUGGAGGAUCAAAUCAUCCAGGCCAACCCUCUUCUGGAAGCUUUUGGGAAUGCUAAGACUGUGAGGAACGACAACUCCUCUCGAUUUGGAAAAUUCAUCCGGAUCCACUUUGGAACAAAGGGGAAGUUAGCAUCUGCUGACAUUGAAACUUACCUUCUGGAAAAAUCCAGAGUGACCUUUCAGCUGCCAGCAGAGAGGAGCUACCACAUCUUCUAUCAGAUUCUGUCCAACAAGAAACCUGAUCUGAUUGAGAUGCUGCUGAUAACCACUAAUCCAUAUGACUACCCGUUCAUCAGUCAGGGAGAAAUCACUGUGCUGAGCAUCAAUGACAGCGAUGAGCUGAUGGCUACUGAUAGCGCCAUCGACAUCCUCGGGUUCAACUCGGAGGAAAAGGUUGGCAUCUACAAGCUGACAGGAGCAGUGAUGCAUUAUGGGAACAUGAAAUUUAAGCAGAAGCAGAGAGAGGAGCAGGCAGAGCCCGACGGCACCGAGGUGGCAGACAAAGUGGCUUACCUGAUGGGUCUGAACUCUGCUGACCUGCUGAAAGCGCUCUGUUACCCUCGAGUGAAGGUUGGGAAUGAGUAUGUCACCAAAGGACAGACUCCACAGCAGGUGAAUAAUGCGAUGGGGGCUCUGUCUAAAGCCGUCUAUGAGAAGCUGUUCCUCUGGAUGGUCACCAGGAUCAACCAGCAGCUCGACACAAAACUCCCCCGACAGCAUUUCAUCGGUGUCCUCGACAUCGCAGGGUUUGAGAUCUUUGAGGUGAAUAGCCUGGAGCAGCUCUGCAUCAACUUCACCAACGAGAAGCUGCAACAGUUUUUCAACCACCACAUGUUCGUGUUGGAACAAGAAGAGUACAAGAAAGAAGGAAUCGACUGGGAGUUCAUCGACUUUGGUAUGGACUUGGCGGCCUGCAUCGAGCUCAUUGAGAAGCCGAUGGGGAUUUUCUCCAUCCUGGAGGAGGAGUGCAUGUUUCCGAAGGCGACAGACGGCUCCUUCAAGAACAAACUCUACGACCAGCAUCUGGGGAAAAACAGCAUCUUCCAGAAGCCCAAACCCUCCAAAGGAAAGGCCGAGGCUCACUUCUCUCUGAUGCAUUACGCAGGAACCGUGGACUACAACAUCAGCGGCUGGCUGGAGAAGAACAAAGACCCUCUGAACGACACGGUGGUUCAGCUUUAUCAGAAAGCUUCUGUGAAGCUGCUCGCUCAGCUGUUUGCAUCGUACGCCUCAGCUGACGGUACUGCUGAUGGAAGUAAGAAAAGUUUCAAGAAGAAAGGCUCCUCUUUCCAGACCGUUUCAGCAUUAUUCAGGGAGAACCUGAACAAACUGAUGGCUAACCUCAGAUCCACCCAUCCUCACUUUGUCAGGUGUAUCAUCCCCAACGAGACCAAAACUCCAGGCUCCAUGGAUCAUCACCUCGUCCUCCAUCAGCUCCGCUGUAACGGAGUCCUAGAAGGAAUCAGGAUCUGCAGGAAAGGAUUUCCCAGCAGGAUCCUUUAUGGAGACUUCAGACAGAGGUACAGGAUCCUGAAUGCCUGUGCGAUCCCUGAGGGUCAGUUCAUUGACAGUAAGAAAGCGUCAGAGAAGCUUCUGUCAUCCAUUGACGUGGAUCACUCUCAGUACAGAUUCGGAUACACAAAGGUGUUUUUCAAAGCAGGCCUGCUGGGUCUCCUGGAGGAGAUGAGGGACGAGCGUCUGGCCGUGUUGAUGACUCGUAUUCAGGCUGUUUCCAGAGGUUACGUCACCAGACUGAGGCUGAAGGAGAUGACUAAAAAGAGGGAGUCCAUCUUUGUCAUCCAGUACAACAUCCGCUCCUUCAUGAAUGUGAAGAACUGGCCCUGGAUGAGACUCUACUUCAAAAUAAAACCAUUGUUGCGCAGUGCAGAGGCUGAGAAGGAGAUGCAGAACAUGAAGGAGGAGUUUGCUCGACUCAAAGAGGAGUUGGCCAAGUCGGAGGCUCGGAGGAAGGAGCUGGAGGAGAAAAUGGUCGUCCUCGUCCAGGAGAAAAAUGACCUGUACCUUCAAAUCCAGGCAGAGAGGGAGAACCUGUGCGAUGCAGAAGAGCGGUGUGAAGGUCUCAUAAAGAGUAAAAUCCACCUGGAGGCCAAACUGAAGGAGCUGUCAGAGCGGGUGGAGGAAGAGGAGGAGAUCAACGCUGAAAUCACAGCGAAGAAGAGGAAGCUGGAGGACGAAUGUUCAGAGCUGAAAAAAGACAUCGAUGACCUUGAACUGACCAUUGCUAAAGUGGAAAAAGAAAAACACGCCACGGAAAACAAGGUGAAGAAUCUGGUGGAGGAGCUGACGUCUCUGGAGGAAAGCCUGCUAAAAUCUUCCAAAGAGAUGAAGGCUCUGCAGGAGGUCCAUCAGCAGACGUUAGAUGACCUGCAGGCCGAGGAGGACAAAGUCAACGGUCUGAUGAAGAUCAAAAUAAAGCUGGAGCAGCAGGUCGAUGAUCUCGAGAACUCGCUGGAACAUGAGAAGAAGCACCACGCUGACUCUGAAAGAUCCAGAAGAAAACUGGAAGGAGAUCUGAAGCUGAGCCAAGAAACCAUCAUGGACCUGGAGAAUGACAGACGGCAGGUGGAGGAGAGACUGAAAAAAAAAGACUUUGAAAUCAGUGACCUGCAGAGGAGAAUUGAGGAGGAACAAAGUCUCAGCACUCAGCUGCAGAAGAAGAUUAAAGAGCUUCAGGCUCGCGGUGAAGAGCUGGAGGAAGAAAUCGAGGCUGAGCGUUCGGCUCGAGCCAAAGUGGAGAAGCAGCGAUGUGACCUUUCCAGAGAGCUCGACGAGAUCAGUGAGCGUCUGGAAGAGGCCGGAGGGGCAACCGCUGCUCAGGCCGAGCUCAACAAAAAGAGAGAGGCGGAAUUUUUGAGGCUUCGACGCGACCUGGAGGAGUCCACGCUGCAGCACGAAUCCAUCGCCGCAACUUUACGCAGGAAACAGGCGGACAGCGUCGCCGAGCUCAGUGAGCAGAUCGACAACAUCCAGAGAGUGAAACAGAAGCUGGAGAAAGAAAAAUGUGAGCUGAAGAUGGAGGUCGACGACUUGAUGAGCAACAUGGAGAGCGUCCUGAAGAGCAAGGCUCAUCUGGAGAAGACAAGCAGGAGCCUUGAAGAUCAAAUGACUGAAUACAAAACCAAAGCAGAAGAAGCUCAGAGGUCUCUGAGUGAUUCUGCGACUCUCUCUGCUCGUCUGCAGACUGAAAACGCUGAGCUCACUCGUCUAUUGGAGGAGAAAGAGAUCAGUCUGUCCCAGCUGAACCGAGUCAAAUCUGCCUGCAGUCACCAGGUUGAUGAGCUGAAGAGACUUCUGGAUGAAGAAAUGAAGGCCAAGAGUGCCCUGGCUCAUGCUCUGCAGUCAUCUCGUCAUGACUGCGAGCUCCUCAGAGAGCAGUACGAGGAGGAGCAGGAGGCCAAAGCUGAGCUUCACCGCUGCCUGUCCAAGGCCAACAGCGAAGUGGCUCAGUGGAGGACCAAAUACGAGACAGAUGCCAUUCAACGCACCGAAGAGCUUGAGGAGGCCAAGAAGAAGCUGGCUCAGAGGCUGCAGGACUCAGAGGAGAUGACCGAGGUGGCAAAUGUCAAAUGUGCAUCCCUGGAGAAAACCAAGCAGCGUCUGCAGGCCGAGGUAGAGGACUUGAUGGUGGAGCUGGAGAGGUCGAAUGCAGCCAACGCCUCAUUGGACAAGAAGCAGAGGAACUUUGACAAAGUUCUGGCUGAAUGGAAACAGAAAUAUGAGGAGACUCAGUCAGAAAUGGAAGUUUCUCAGAGGGAGUCAAGGGGGCUGAGCACUGAGCUGUUCAAGCUGAAGAAUUCCUAUGAAGAAGCUCUGGAUCAUCUGGAGAGCAUGAAGAGGGAGAAUAAAAACCUGCAGCAGGAGAUCUCAGACAUCACAGAGCAGGUUGCUCAAUCUGCAAAAAUCAUCCAUGAGCUGGAGAAAUCUACAAAACAGGCAGAGCAGGAGAAGAGAGAGACACAGGCUGCACUGGAAGAAGUCGAGUCGUCACUCGAGCACGAAGAAGCCAAAAUCCUGCACCUCCAGCUGGAGCUGAACCAGAUAAAGUCUGAGGUUGACCGAAAGGUGGCGGAGAAAGACGAGGAAAUCGAGCAGCUAAAGAGGAACCAUCAGAGAACCGUGGACACGCUGCAGAACACGCUAGACGCUGAGACACGCAGCAGGAAUGACGCCAUGAGGCUGAAGAAAAAGCUGGAGGGCGAUCUGAAUGAGAUGGAGGUGCAGCUCGGACACGCCAACCGACAGGCGGCCGAGUCAACCAAACAGCUGAGGAACGUCCAGACUCAGCUCAAGGACUUGCAGGUCCACCUGGAUGAAGCGCUCCACAGUCAGGAUGACCUCAAGGAGCAGCUUGCCAUCGCUGAGCGCCGCAACACUCUGAUGACGGCUGAGAUCGAGGAGAUGACAGCGGCAAUCGAUCAAUCAGAGAGGAGUCGCAAGAUGGCAGAACAGGAAGUGAUUGAAGUCAGUGAGCGUGUGCAGCUGCUGCACGCUCAGAACGGCAGCCUGCUGAACUCUAAGAAGAAGAUGGAGUCCGAUUUAAAUCAUCUGCAGUCUCAGAUGGAAGAAACCAUCCAGGAAGCCAAAAAUGCAGACGAGAAAGCAAAGAAAGCCGUCAUGGACGCGGCCAUGAUGGCCGAGGAGCUGAAGAAGGAGCAGGACACCUGUGCUCACCUGGAGAGGAUGAAGAAGAACAUGGAGGUGACGGUGAAGGACCUGCAGCAGCGACUAGACGAGGCCGAGCAGCUCGCCAUGAAGGGCGGGAAAAAAGAGCUGCAGAAACUGGAGGCUCGGGUCCGGGACUUGGAGAAUGAGUUGGAGGCGGAGCAGAAACGAGGUGGCGAGGCCAUGAAAGGUCUCCGGAAAUAUGAGAGGAAAAUUAAAGAGCUGACUUAUCAGGCUGAGGAGGAGAAGAAGAGCUCGGUGAGACUUCAGGAUUUAGUCGACAAACUGCAGCUGAAGUUGAAGGCGUACAAGCGUCAGUGUGAGGAGGCGGAGGAACAAACCAACAUGAAUCUGCUGAAAUUCCGGAAAGUUCAACACGAGCUGGAGGAAGCUGAAGAACGAGCCGACGCUGCCGAGUCUCAGCUCAACAAACUGCGAGCAAAAAGUCGAGAUUUUGGUAAAGAGGAAUAAAACUUAUCUGUGGGGCAAGAUCUCAAAAAUGUCAGGUUUGAUGACUUCAGGAAACAAACCUGACUAAGCCUUUACUCUUUUGGAUUAAUCUUAAUCCAGUUGUCAGAAGACCUUUAAUAAAGCCACACAAGAACAGUUCCUUAAAUGACAGUUUAAAGAAAUGAUUAGAUUACAUUUGUCAUAAGACGUAGGAAUCUGUGAAUGUUAUUUAGAGUUACAGUGAAGAGCAAAUAUUCAACUUAACUGACACACAAGUAAAUUUAAUCUGUGAGUCUUAUUUUAGGCUCAGACUCACUUUGUUAUUUUAUUGAUUUUUA